CCCUGACCCAGAGUCAGCUCCGCCUCGAAUAAGAAGGCAUGUGGGAGGGGCGACACAUGGAAACGUUAUGGGAACGUUAGGAGAACGUACAAGUACCUAAACCCCUACUGUUAUACACUCCCGGACAGUAGGUGGCGGUAUGCACCUGAACACAUCGGUUUGCGACCUGCCAGUUAAAUCAAAGAAGAAAAAUAAACGGGCUUAGCGGACGGUUUGUAUUUUUUCCUGCGUUAUUUGCUGACACACGUUGCGAGACUGAGACUGUUUGAUGAGAUGAAUUAAAACUCCAAGCUUGUUGUGUCUUGAGAUGAGACAUUUUCUCAAGUCUUCUCUUGCCCCUGAUGUGUUCACUGCACUUAGAUUUACCUCCCAAAACACUUCAAGAUAUGGCCUUUAAAGAAAGUACUAAGAAAACAUUAUCUGCUCAUCGUAAGACAUAUCAUGAAGAAAUGAAGAAGCAAAAUUACCAGUGCUCCGUUUGUGGGAAGAGAUUUAGUCACCCAAGUCGUCUGAAAAGACAUCAGCGCAUUCACACAGGAGAGAAGCCGUAUCACUGCACACAGUGUGGAAAGAGUUUUUCUACUUCUAGUUCUCUUCAAACACACCAGCGCAUUCACACUGGAGAGAAACCGUAUCAGUGCUUACAGUGUGGGAAGAGUUUUACUGCCGCUACUAAUUUUCAAAUACACCAGCGCAUUCAUACAGGAGAGAAGCCGUAUUCCUGCUCACAGUGUGGAAAGACUUUUACUGAAGCUAGUUCUCUCAAAAAACACCAGCGCAUUCACACGGGAGAGAAGCCAUAUCACUGCUCACAGUGUGGGAAGACUUUUACUGGAGCUAGUUCUCUCAAAAAACACAAGCGCAUGCACACAGGAGAGAAGCCGUAUUACUGCUCACAGUGUGGGAAGAGUUUUACACGGGCAUGUCACCUGCAAAUACACCAGCGCAUUCACACAGGAGAGAAGCCGUAUUCCUGCUCACAGUGUGGGAAGAGUUUUACCGCAGCUAGUUCUCUCCAAAAACACCAGCGCAUUCACACGGGAGAGAAGCCGUAUUACUGCUCACAGUGUGGGAAGAGUUUUACACGGGCAGGUCACCUACAAACACACCAGCGCAUUCACACGGGAGAGAAGCCGUAUAACUGCUUACAGUGUGGGAAGAGUUUUACACAGGCAGGUAACCUACAAACACACCAGCGCAUUCACACGGGAGAGAAGCCGUAUUACUGCUUACAGUGUGGGAAGAGUUUUACACGGGGAGGUAACCUACAAACACACCAGCGCAUUCACACGGGAGAGAAGCCGUAUUACUGCUUACAGUGUGGGAAGAGUUUUGCACGGGAAGGUCACCUACAAACACACCAGCGCAUUCACACUGGAGAGAAGCCGUAUUACUGCUCACGGUGUGGAAAGAGUUUUACUGCAGCUAGUUCAUUCCAAAAACACCAGUGCAUUCACACAGAAGAGAAUCCAUAACACAAUCACAAUAUGGGACGUGUUGUAUGCACUGCAGUCACUCCUAAAUAUACUGCUUGUCAACAUUUCAUCAGAAGGGUCAAUUUAUUGGGCUGCAUCAAGCUAAGAAAACAACUGGAGAGAUUUGAAAUUACUGGAAAAGGAUUAAGAAACUAUAAUGAAAUAUAAAUACUUGGAAGGAUAGUGCUGAACCAUCAACUUUUUGGAAGAAAUAUCGGAAAAAAAAUCAAGAAUUGAGACUACAUAAACACUUUAUAAAGUUACAUGGCAAAAGAUCAACAACAACAAAAAAAGGGUAUGUUUAAUAGUGGAAGGAAAGAAAGCAUUUCCAUACACACAGAAUGUGAUGCCAACUCUCAGGAUUGGGACUAAACAGCUGUGUGUCCAUAAGAAAAACCACUUAAUGACGAGAAACAUCAGAAAAACUUGAAUUUGCUGGGGGUCAUAAAGACUUGACAUUGGAGCAAUGGAAAAAGGUCAUGUGGCCUGAUAAUUCCAGAUUCAUAAUUUCAGAGUGAUGGGUGCAUCAGGGUAAGUGAGAAAUCAUGUGAAAUCAUGUAAAUUCAAUAAAAUUUUAUUUAUAUAGUACUUUUAACAUUGGUCAUUGUCUCAAAACAACCACAAAAAUUAAAAGAAAAUUACAAAAAAAAAAAAAAACUUUUUAUAGAAGUGUGUAUGUGUGAGAAAAGUGUGUCUAUAUGAUGAGAUUGUCCCCUAUAUAAGCCCUGGGGGCAGUGUUGUCUUUAAAGACUGAACCGUUGGGUCACUAUUUAACACUAUUGAAUACUAAACAUUUCUGUGGUUUUUAUUGACUUUUUGCCACAUAACUUCACAAAGGUUUUGUGAUCUCCAUUUGUUCUGUUGUGUUUGCCAUUGUUUGGGUUAAUGUUUUGCCUAACUGCCAUCUAGUGGUCUCUUUAGAAAACUGCUGAUAAUUUAUAAAACAGGAAGUGAGUAGCUGAGCACAUGGCUGAUGUACAGGUCCUUCUCAAAAAAUUUG